AUGAGGCUCCGAAAUGGAACUGUAGCCACCAUUUUAGCCUUUAUCACUUCAUUCCUCACUUUAUCUUGGUAUACUACAUGGCAAAAUGGGAAAGAAAAACUGGUUGCUUAUCAACGAGAAUUUCUUGCUCUGAAAGAACGCCUUCGGAUAGCUGAACACAGAAUCUCUCAGCGCUCUUCUGAGUUGAGUGCCAUUGUACAGCAGUUCAGGCGUGUAGGAGCAGAGACAAAUGGAAGUAAGGACACACUGAAUACAUUUUCAGAUAAUACCCUAAAGCUAUUAAAGGAGUUAACAGGCAAAAAAUCUCUCCGCGUGCCAAGUAUUUAUUAUCAUUUGCCUCAUUUAUUGCAAAAUGAAGGAAGCCUUCAACCUGCUGUGCAGAUUGGUAAUGGAAGGACAGGAGUUUCAGUAGUAAUGGGAAUUCCUACUGUGAAGAGAGAAGUUAAAUCUUACCUCGUAGAAACUCUUCAUUCCCUUAUUGAUAAUCUGUAUCCUGAAGAGAAAUUGGAUUGUGUAAUAGUAGUCUUCAUAGGAGAGACAGAUAUUGAUUAUGUACACGGUGUUAUAGCCAUCCUGGAAAAAGAAUUUUCUAAAGAAAUCAGCUCUGGUUUAGUGGAAAUAAUAUCACCUCCGGGAAGCUAUUACCCUGACUUGACAAACUUAAAGACUACAUUUGGAGACUCUAAAGACAGAGCAAGAUGGAGAACGAAGCAAAACCUAGAUUAUUGUUUUCUAAUGAUGUAUGCUCAGGAUAAAGGCACUUAUUACAUUCAGCUUGAAGAUGAUAUUAUUGCCAAACCGAAUUACUUUAACACUAUCAAAAAUUUUGCCCUUCAACUUUCUUCUGAGGAAUGGAUGAUACUAGAGUUCUCCCAACUGGGCUUCAUUGGUAAAAUGUUUCAAGCGCCAGACCUCACUCUGAUUGUGGAGUUCAUCUUCAUGUUCUAUAAGGAGAAGCCCAUUGAUUGGCUCUUGGACCACAUUCUCUGGGUGAAAGUCUGCAACCCUGAAAAAGAUGCGAAACAUUGUGAUAGACAGAAAGCAAAUCUACGAAUUCGUUUCAGACCUUCCCUCUUUCAGCAUGUUGGUCUGCAUUCUUCGCUAACAGGAAAACUUCAGAAACUUACGGAUAAAGAUUACAUGAAACCAUUACUUCUUAAAAUCCAUGUAAACCCACCUGCCGAAGUCUCCACUUCUCUGAAGGUCUACCAAGGACACACGCUGGAGAAGACAUACAUGGGCGAGGAUUUCUUCUGGGCCAUAACGCCGACAGCAGGAGACUACAUCUUGUUUAAGUUUGACAAGCCCGUCAAUGUGGAAAGUUACUUGUUCCAUAGCGGUAACCAGGAACAUCCAGGAGACAUUCUGCUGAACACUUCUGUGGAAGUUUUGCCUUUUAAGAGUGAAGGUUUGGAAAUAAGCAAAGAAACCAAAGACAAACAAUUAGAAGAUGGCUAUUUCAGAAUAGGGAAAUUUGAGAACGGUGUUGCAGAAGGGAUGGUGGAUCCCAGCCUGAACCCCAUUGCAGCCUUCCGACUUUCCGUUAUUCAGAAUUCUGCUGUUUGGGCCAUUCUCAAUGAGAUUCACAUUAAAAAAGUCGCCACCUGA